AUGCCGUCGGUGUGGAAGGCGUACGAGGCCUUUCUCCUAUCGAAUGCAUCGCAGAUCACGGCCGUUGAGUCGUCUCUGCGUAGCAUCACCUAUAUCCUGCCGGGCCGCUUCAAGGAUGCGGAGCUUGCCGGUGAGGCGAUCUAUACGGCUGUGCAGGUGCUCAGCAUGUACCACGACUCGGUGCUGUGCCAGAUCGUGUACGCCCACGCGGGGCGCCAUGCAUCCAAGGCAGGUGUCGGAGCGCCAGCGACGGCGCCGCUGGGUGCCGACGUCCCGAAAAUGUCGCUGCAUGCGCGCUACACGGCGUACUGGCGCACUGCCAGCGCGCGGUACCGGCGGGCUGCUACGCUGCUGAUGGUCAUCGAAGCGAUGCAGCUGCUCGCCGAGAUGCUGGCGCGCCGGCAGCUGGGCAGGCAGCGCGCCUGGGACGUGGUUGUGGCGAUCGAGGUCGUCAAGGCAUGGGCGCGCUUUUCGCUCGUCCAUGCCUCGCAGCAGCGUCCAGUGGUAGCGCCGCCGCUGCCGCAGCGCGAGUUUGAUCCGGCACUGCUCGAAAAGGCGCAGCACACACGUGUGGCCCUCUCGUGGCGCGGUGCACGCACGGGCUGCGUGCGCCGCUCGCUCGCGGCCAUGGCGGGCCAGGACGUGUACGAGCAGCUGCUCUCGCAGACCCUCACGGAGCAGGAUGUAUCGCCGCCGCCGCUGCUCGUCCGUGCCUUUUCCAACAAGCUGGGCCGCCUGGCGGAGAGCGUAUGGAUCUUGCGUCCGGUGCUCUAUGUGCUGAUGCUGCGGCACUAUGGCGCGCGCGACGCGCGCCCAUUUUCCGUCUCGCUCGCGCUCGAGCUGCUCGCGCGCCUGCUGCGGCGGCACGCCCUUGUGCCGCGCGGCAAGGGGGCAGCCGCGGUGCCGCCGCCGCCAUCGUCCGUCUCGCUGCUGCUCACGAUGCUCGGCGUGGAAAACUCGUUCCUCGACUGGCUCGCGAGCACCCUGCGUGGUCAGCCGCGCGCUGUCGAGGGCGACGAAUGGAGCUCGCGCGACCGCUCUCUAUGGUGGUACCUGCUGCGUGGCCCGAUGUGGUAUGGCUGGACACGCCCCAAGGUGGCGCAGUUUGUUGCCAGCACCGAGAACCGCCGCAUCGUCGGGCUGCUGAGCAGCAUCAUCGGCGAGUACCUGUCUCUGGUCGACGAGUACUACUACUAUUCAGCUGUGUAG